UUCUCUCUAUCUCUCUCUAACGGCGGCGGCGGAUAUCCUCCUCUCCCUUCAUCGAUCCCUUGCUCUCCAAUCUCGAUCUGACACCCUCCAUCUUCUCGAUCCUUCCUCCUUCGACACGCUCUCGAGAGCCAGGCGGCGACAAGCGCCACCGAUACACGGCCUCCACUCCAUCCUCCUUCCACAAUCUCUCGAGCAGCACAGAGCAAAAAUCGGUACCAGCACACGACGGUGCACCACCUCCAUCUCCAUCUUGACCGAAGGAUGCUUAAGAUUGCCUAGACUGCUGGUACAAUUUGCAUUAUUGGAUCCAGAAGAGGAUGAACAAACAGACUUCACCAUAUGAAAUAGUACCGUAAACCUCACCUUCACAAGGGAUGGAGAGGUGGAAUCAGCAAAAGUGCAUCCUCCAUGCCAUCAAAUCGAGCACGGAGGGCAUGACAUCAAGACCCACUGCCUUCAUCACUAGACUCGUCAUCAUCGACUCUAUCAACCAACUUGUUCUACCAAGAUUGUGACUGGAAGCCCAUCAAUGGAAGAUCAAGAUGGGGACCUUCAUAUUCCACCUAUUACUGAUGCAUGUAAAUACAAGCGUGCAAAUAUAGAAUGCCAGUACCAGGAAGGCACUGUCGAUUACGCUGAGAGACUUCAACCAUACAUUUGUCAUUGGUGUUUCAAAGAAGGUGGUAUGUGUAAGCAAAACAAUAGCAUGUCAUCAUUCUUCAAAAUGAAGAUUGUAGACGACAGUAACCCUUAUAGACUGGUCAUUCCAUGUUGGGUGCGUGACAGGGUUCAUGCUCUCGGUGUUUCAUCAAUUAAAAUCAAGUCUAUAACACAAACCAUACAUCAUGUUGGUUUGUACAAAGACAAAUACAAACGUCUAUUUGCUAAUGGAGCUUGGCCCGAGUUUAUUGCUGAGAAUGGUAUCUGUGUUGGGGAUGAACUCUAUUUCUUAUUCCAAAACAAUGAACCUCAUUUAAUCCUUCAAUAUAUAGGUCAAAAUAAACGAUGCAAGAUGGACAAAGGAUAUAAUACAGGCGAGCGAGUGUGUCCUUCAGUUAUUCAUGAUACCCCCGUUCAACGACUUUGUCGGGUUGCAACUGAAAGAGUUGUAGCUAUCCAAGAUGUUGAACAACCUGUGCAUGAACGUGAGGUACAAUCUCAAGAGGAAGAGCAUGCAGUUGCGGCCAGAGAUGAUGAUGCUCAUCCUCUCGUUAGUUUCAGUUUGCAUUUGACUCCUUCGCACAUGAACUCUAUGCUUAGAAUUUCCAAGGUGUGGGCUAACAGAUUGGAAGUUCCUGAGAGUGGUGAAGUGGACCUGAUCAUGGAUAGUCCACAUGUUACAGUUCCGGCACGAUACAGGGUUUUAAAUUCUCAAUCCCGUCGUGAUGGACGUCUCGCGGUAACAAGUGGUUGGAAGGAAUUUGUCGGGCGAUCUGGACUACAAGAGGAUGGAACUGUCAAGGUCGACAUCUCUCGAGUGAAUGGAAAGUUGACAUUCUGCUUUGUCACUUGUGAUAGUCCUUGACCCAACUCCGAAUGAUUUAUCCUACUCGGGUUGUAGGAUGUGUGUAUUAGGAAAUUGUAUGUAUAGUAAUUUAAGUGCCUUUGGCUAUCUCCAUUUAUGUCAUGUACUAAACUUCUAAAUUCACUUU